AUGAAGCGUAUGUAUCGUCAGGCACCCUACACAGCUGCUUGCAUCCUCGCAGCCAUGCGGCAUCCCGUAUAUAGAAAUAAAAACAGCCAUAGCGAUAGUGAUAGUAAUAGUAGUGGUAACUACCACCAUUAUCACCGCAAUAUCAAUAUUAAUAAUAAUAAUAAUAAUAUGAAGAAGAGCCAAAUGGCUGUUGAUAGAAAGAUUGGUAUUCGUCAAGGUGCCACCACAACCAUCUCUGCAAUGACCAGAAUAACCAUGAAAAUGUCCAUCUCUCAUAUCAUUACAGUGAAUUCAACAACAACAACAACAGCAGCAGCGGCUUUAUGUGAACAGCGGCGUGGAUUUCGCAAGGAGUUAUUUGAAGGACCGUUGGAUCUUAAACCGGGAGAACGUAAUGCCCGCAAAGGUCCUCCUGUGGCCCACAGUCUCCCUGUAUAUAAAACGGCACAUAAACUAAAUAACAGUGUUCGAUGGAAAAAUGCCAAUCUCAUCGCUAAUGUAGCGGGAGGAAAAGAUUAUCGUCUACGAGAAACACAAAGUGAGGGUACAUUUGAUGAGACUGGUAUGUAUCGUGAUUGGCUUUAUGGAGAUGAGCGGCGGUAUGCGAAUUAUAUUGGAAUCACACUUGGAUUACUCAGUAUUGGUCUCUUCUUCUACACAAUGCGUGUGAUGGGAACAGAGACGUGGGAUAUUCCCGCACCUGUACUCGCCUCACAGCGAAAGAAGGCAACAGCAGCAGCUGAGAAUAAUAAUAAUAAUAAUAAUAAUAGUGAAAUAGGAGGAGAGAAGAAGAGUGGAGAAACUGUGGAGCAAACAACAGAUGCAUUGGCGAUGCUUAAAAGACCGGCGAUUGUGUCCAAGACGGUGGCGUAA